AAUAUAUCUCCUUAAUUGAUUGUGCAAAAUUUAUGAAGAGGAUCAAGACGGAGGAAGAUAGAAGAAGACUACAAGAUAGCCUUGACAAACUGAGAGAAUAGAUCAAGUAAUUUAACUCUAAUUUAAGUCGGGAGACAGGAUGAGACGCACCUUGGUGGCCUUGACGGCGCGCGCGGUGCUCCUGGUGGUGACGGCUACUGGGGCCGCGGGAGACGAGAGACCCGUCGUCAACACACUCAAUGGCAGAAUAUCUGGCUUUAUGGAACUGUCCACUAAAGGCAAACCUUUGUACUCCUUCCAUUCCAUACCUUACGCUAAACCCCCAAUAGGAAAUCUUCGUCUCAAGGACCCAGAGGCCGCCGGGAGUUGGUCGGGAGUGAGGGACGGGUCAGUGGUGCCGCCUCUGUGUUCACAGAUCCCCUACAUGGCCCUUACGAACCGGAAACCUGUGUAUGAUGGAAAGGAAGAUUGUCUCUAUCUCAGCAUCUUCACCGCCAAGCCUGGUGAACCUAAUGCCCAGCUGCCAGUAAUGGUGUUCUUCCAUGGGGGUGCCUACUAUGCUGGGGGCAUAAGGAAUUACACCCCAUAUGUCCUCCUCAAUGAAGACAUUGUCUUAGUUCUUGUCCAGUACCGCCUGGGCAUUCUAGGUUUUCUGUCAACAGAAGAUUCUGUCAUCCCUGGAAACUUUGGUCUGAAGGAUCAAACAAUGGCUCUUAAGUGGAUACAAAGAAAUAUCCAUAAUUUUGGUGGUGACCCCAAGAGAGUAACUCUAUUUGGAGAGAGUGCUGGAGGCUCUUCUGUGCAUUUCCACAUCUUAUCUCCACACUCUGAAGGACUGUUUGCCCGAGGUAUCAUGCAGUCCGGGACGCUGUUUUGCCCUUGGGCGAUGGGAGGAUCCUUCAGCGAAGUGGCCCGAUACACAGGAGAGCUCUUCGGGUGUCCGCAACCCCACGGCACUUCGAGUGAUCAUGCCAGCAGCGUUCUCCUUUCCUGUCUCCAGGGCGUCAACGUGGAAAACUUGACUCUUUCUUUGAUGCAUCACGUUGAGUUCAACUUCAGCCCUCUUCUUCUGGGUCCCCGAGUAGAUGGAGACUUCAUUCCCUCGGAACCCGAGUUACUGAUGGUCCAGGGCAAACACAAGGUUGUUGACAUCAUCUCGGGUGUAAAUUCGCACGAGGGUGGAUUGUUUGCGUUCCCACUUUAUUCAAAUGAGGCUCUCCAGACGGACCUUCUCGGCAACUUUACCAAGUUUGGCCCAGCUUCACUUGACAUCUUAGAGGACAACAUGCCUCUGGAGGUCUCAAAGACCAUCUUCGACUACUAUGUUGGAGGCAUUAAAGCUGGUUUGGAAGAUGCUGACAAUAUCUGCAAGAUGUAUGGUGACCGACACUUCAACAUAGCUCACGACCUUACAGCCAUCGUCUACGCCAAGAACGUGGGUCGUCAAAAGAAGAUAUUCCUGUAUGAACUCAACCACAGAGGGCAGCGUUCAUUUGGUGAUUAUUAUAAUACCAACAUUGGUCAACACUGGGUGGAUCACGUGGAUGACCUGUUCUAUCUGUUCACUGGGGAGAACACACUCUGGAAGCCACUAGAGAAUGAGGACGACCUGAGGUUAAGAGAGAUAAUGGUCAGGAUGUGGACCAAUUUUGCAGCCACUGGAAAUCCAACACCUGAUGACUCUCUGGGCUUCACGUGGGAGCCAGCCGUUGCCGACAACCUCCACCACUUGUCCCUCACACCAACACCUUCCAUGAAGGCUGACCACAGACAAGAGGUACAUGCCUUUUGGAAAUCGCUGCCAAUUAAGCAGAAUAUGCUGCUCCAGCCAGAAAAUAGAUUUCAGGAACAGAGAAAAGAUUUGGAUCAAAAUAUGAACGUGCAAUUGGAAAAUAAACACCCAAAUUCUACCAUUCAUAAUGAUCUUUGAUCUUUAUCUAAUGUAAGUGAUUAAAGGUUCGGGCAUUUUGGAACACACUAAACAUUAAGCAGACGUACCUCCUGCAUGAAUACCCAAUAAUUCUGCACAACAGCAGCAGCAGCAUUGGGCCUGUCACUGUAGAGUUCAGCAACCACGACAGCAGCGAGGUUCACACAGGCGAGUCGUACAACCACAAAAGCAAUGAAUGGCACACAGGUGAGUCGUACAACCAUAACAGUGGAGAGGAGAGA